AUGGAAAUGCAUACGGGUAUGACCUAUUACAAUGAUGUACAAGAUGGAACAGCCUUAGUAACAAAAACCUUGGAAUCUGCGAAUCACCUGACUCCGCUGCAUAUCCCCCCGGGCCCACCUAUAUCACCAGAAAGAUAUGAAGAGCUAAGGGAAAUAUUCCAGCUGCGCAAGCCCAUCGUGAAAGGAGAACAAGAAUCUGAACCCCUGUUGCCAGAAUCCCACAGAAUCUACGAGCCACCUUACAAGUUUGAUCAGGAACACCAGUACUAUGGCAGUAACAGAGAUGCCCCACUAAGAUAUGAGAAGUAUCUAAGGCACAAGUCGCCAGCCAAUCCAGAGACCCAUCUUGUGGCCGGCCGUCACCGGCCACUUCAUCCUUACGUCCACAAUAACAUCGACAUCACAGGUAAAGCAUUAUUCAUUUGUGCCUGUGUGCGGUUUUGGUUUAAGUCUUCUCAUGUCUUUUUCUCAUGUCGUACCUACGGGACCAAUGGCGAUGAAAAUGGUGAGGCAGGCGACCCAAAUGCUUCCCCAAAGGGGGGCCGCAAAAAGACUUCCAAACCCCCGGAGCUUGACAUUUCAUUCAGAGCUGCCAACAUGCUGGAAAAUAUCAAAAAGGCCCUCUGGUUUUCGACUUACAAGCGUGACUACACAGGUAAAGGUUCUAUGAACCCCUUGCUGCUGGAUGACCAUGAUCCUAAGAUGAUUGGCAGAGCAACUGGAGAACUGGGCAUGGACGUUGAACUCAGAGAAUCAUUUCCGUCAGCUGAGACUCAAGUAAGACCCUUAGAAGGACGUAUUGCUCGCGCACUUCAAGGCAAACCUAUUCGCCCCUAUGACCCUCAGCAGCAGGAUCCUGGCUAUAUUUGUGAGCACCCACCUCAAUGGACAGGCGAGUCACUCAUACGCAAAUGUUUAGAUGCGGUGCAGAGCAGCAGUAGGCAAAUGCCUCCGGAAACGGACAGCGGAGCAAAAAAGAGAAUUGAGGACUUCCAACAAAAUCAGAUCGAUCGCCCGGUAGGUAACCCGAGAGAAAGCAUGAAACAUACGAAACUUCCGUGGAGCAGGUUUCAGAAAAUUACAGAUACUUGGAAGACGGAGAAGUUGUAUCAAAGACAGCUUGCUGUUCCCCCCGAACCAGAGAUUGUUGUGAAACCCGCUGAAUCCAUUCGCUACGAAGAUCUGCCCCCCUCCCGCUUAAGCAAUUACAUCGUGUGGCACCAUCCCAUCAGCCUCUCUAAACCAGGCCCAACAGAGGUGAGCUUUGAAACAUGUGACGACAUCCCAGGUGUUCAAUGUGUUCCUAAUAUGUUCCCAGGGAUCGAAAGCAGGUCCACUUUCCCAGAAUGGAUUCCUAACUGCGGGAUAGCUCGGCCUCAAACAAAAUUAAACGAUAUGCAGUAUUGUUUUAGGAAGGGUGAAGCCAUCAAACGCCUGAGUGAUCUAACUAGAGGAGGAAUAAGGGACCUGAGGGAUCACGACAGGAAAGGCAGAAGGCACAAAUUCUACGGCGUGAAUGCCUAUCACUAUAACUGACACACGUCCUCACCCUUUCAAAAAAAGGGAAAGGGAGGGGCGAAAAUAUUCUCAGCCAAUUUUUCCAGUUGCUGCUUCUGAAUUGGCUUGCUGUGCUUUAUAAAACACUCUCCUAGUUUUUCAGUUUUUUGCAUGAAGUACUGAUUCAGUGUCGUCCAAAGGCAGGUCGAGGCAGCUCUGAAGGGAAUCGGGAGGAAUCAAAUGAGAACAAGUCAUAAAGCCUCUUCGCACCUAGGGCCACACCUGCUAGCCAU